AUGGCCUCCGCUCCCAACAACGGCGCUGUCGACCAGCUCGCCAACGACCUGGGCAACGCUUCCCUCAACGGCUCUGACUCCAAGGCUGCCCCCGCCAUCAACACCAAUGUUGAGUCUGCCGCUCAGGGCGACAAUGCCGACACCGCGGGCCCUACCCCCAGCUCCGCUGCGCCUCACCCCCAGGCCUCCGCCUCCCUCUACGUUGGCGAGCUCGAUCCCUCUGUUACCGAGGCCAUGCUUUUCGAACUCUUCUCCCAGAUUGGUUCUGUCGCUUCCAUUCGUGUCUGCCGUGAUGCGGUUACCCGCCGCUCUCUCGGCUACGCCUACGUGAACUACAACACUACCUCCGAUGGCGAGAAGGCUCUCGAGGAGCUCAACUACACCCUCAUCAAGGGCCGCCCCUGCCGCAUCAUGUGGUCCCAGCGUGACCCUGCUCUGCGCAAGACUGGCCAGGGCAACGUCUUCAUCAAGAACCUCGAUGUUGCCAUCGACAACAAGGCUCUCCACGACACCUUUGCCGCUUUCGGUAACAUCUUGAGCUGCAAGGUCGCCCAGGAUGAGAACGGCAACUCCAAGGGCUACGGUUUCGUUCACUACGAGACCGACGAGGCUGCUUCUCAGGCUAUCAAGCACGUUAACGGCAUGCUUCUCAACGAGAAGAAGGUUUACGUCGGCCACCACAUCCCCAAGAAGGACCGCCAGAGCAAGUUCGAGGAGAUGAAGGCGAACUUCACCAACAUCUACGUCAAGAACAUCGCCACCGAGGUCACCGACGAUGAGUUCCGCGACCUUUUCGCCGCCUUUGGCGACGUCACCUCUUCCUCGCUUGCCCGCGACCAGGAGGGCAAGAGCCGCGGCUUUGGCUUUGUUAACUUCACUACUCAUGAGGCUGCUUCCAAGGCUGUCGACGACCUUAACGGUAAGGACUUCAAGGGACAGGACCUGUACGUCGGCAGAGCGCAGAAGAAGCACGAGCGUGAGGAGGAGCUCCGCAAGUCUUACGAGGCUGCUCGCAUGGAGAAGGCCAACAAGUACCAGGGUGUCAAUCUGUACAUCAAGAACCUCGACGACGAGGUUGACGACGAGAAGCUUCGCCAGCUGUUCGCCGAUUUUGGCCCCAUUACCUCUGCCAAGGUGAUGCGCGACAACGCUACCGACUCUGGCAACGAGGAUGAGGGUUCUUCCGAGGAGGCGGACAAGGAGAACAAGAAGGAGGAGGUCAAGGCCGAGGAGAAGGAAGAGGCCGAGAAGACCGAGGAGAAGGAGGACGGCGACAAGAAGAGCGAGAAGAAGUCGGACAAGAAGCCCCAUGGUAAGUCCAAGGGCUUCGGCUUCGUCUGCUUCAGCAACCCCGACGACGCAACCAAGGCCGUUGCCGAGAUGAACCAGCGCAUGGUCAACGGCAAGCCUUUGUACGUCGCUCUUGCUCAGCGCAAGGAUGUUCGCAAGAGCCAGCUUGAGGCUAGCAUCCAGGCUCGCAACCAACUCCGCAUGCAGCAAGCCGCCGCCGCCGCCGGUAUGCCCCAGCAGUACAUGCAGCCCCCCGUCUUCUACGCCGCGGGCCAGCAACCCGUCUUCCCCCAGGGUGGUCGCGGCAUGCCCUUCCCUCAGGGCGGCAUGGCCAUGCCUCCCGUUCAGGGUGGCCGUCCGGGCCAGUUCCCUGGAGGAUACCCCCAGCAGGGCGGACGUGGUGUUCCCCAGCAGAUGCCCCCUGUCUACGGCAUGCCCGGCUCCUUCCCUCCCGGAGGUGCCUACCCUCAGCCUGGUAACCCGCAAUUCAUGGCUGCCAUCCAGCAGGUGCAGCAGGCUACCAUGGGCGGCGGUCGCGGCGGUCCCCAGGGCGGCCGUGGUCCCGUCCCCCAAGGAAUGCCCAUCCCCGGCGGCCCCGGCAUGCCCGGCUUCCCUCCCAACGCUCGCCAGGGUGGUAACCAGCCCGGCGCCGGCCGUGGUGCCAACCCCAACGCUCCCCGCAACGCUCCCUUCCCCCAGGGUGGCCGUGGAGCCCCUGCUCAGGAGCUCAACAGCGGCAGCCUCAUCCAGCAGCAGCUUGCUGCCGCUGGCGGUAACCCCGGCCAGCAGAAGCAGAUUCUCGGUGAGGUCAUCUUCCCCAAGAUCCAGGCUAUCCAGCCUGAGCUUGCCGGAAAGAUCACCGGUAUGCUUCUCGAGAUGGACAACGCUGAGCUUGUUAACCUCAUCGAGGAGGAGUCUGCUCUCAAGGCCAAGGUCGACGAGGCCCUUGGCGUCUACGAGGAGUACAUCAAGGCCCAGGGUGGCGAGGAGGGCGAGAAGAAGACCGAGGAGACUAAGGCCUAA